UGGUUGAUCGUGCUACUAGAUAAAUGGUUCAAAGAAGCUCUUGGAAUAGACGUGUUGGAUCAAUGUCGAGUUAACUUGAUUGAACAUAUAUUAGGGUAGCGUAACGGAAAGAAGGAAAGAUGGUAGCUCAGAAAAAUGAAGAAGCAAUUUGAUAUUUCAAAAGUAUCAACAGAAGAAUGGAGCAGAUGGUCGAGAACAAGUACAAAUUAUUCUUAGGAUCAUCAUAAAAACAAAAUUUGAGCAGAGAGGUAUUGGUUAAAUUUCAAGUGGGUAGAAUGGGAAGGAAGCAGAAUUAUGGACCAAGAAAAUGUUACGACCAUUGCAAUUAGCCAAGGAUGAAGAUUUCAAUACGAUUGCAGGCAUGGUUGGAUGAGUGGGUAAGAAUCGUCGUUAGUAAAAUGAUAUGCAAGUUGGUUCAACCAUUCAAUGGUUUGCAAGUUGGUUCAACCAUUCAAUGGUUUGACGCAAAAUUAUGUGAGGUAUGGUGGAUGACAUACGGCAAAGAAAGGUUUGUGGUUCAGGAAGAGUUCAUUUGGGUAUGUAUGUGUUAGUGAAGUCCAGUUGGGAAUACUUUUGCAUGGAUGCAUCCAAGACUGGAAUUAUUUAUUUUAUGAAUGUGAUAUCGCGUAUUUGUCUUGACGGUUGUGGAACAAAAGGAUUGCAGUCAGCGCUGAAAAAUAUUGUGAAUCAAGGGUGAUCCAGAUGAUGUGAGUGCUUUGAGUGAGAAAUCAGGUGAUCAAGUUGAUUGUCAAGCGACCAUAUCCGCCAGAGAAUAUGUGUCAGCCCUGCAUUUUGGGAUCCAUGAUGCAACCUAAAAGAAGCAUUUUUCGUCAGCAUAUCGACUGCAUUAUUACAGGUAACUCGAGUAUCAAAGUGUUCUAGUCAGACCAAUAGUGUUGGACCAAAGUUAAAUAGAGGAAACAUAAAGAUUAGAUCCAAUAAGCGGUCAGUGAGCGUGGAAGCAAAAUACAUGCAGCGAGUUCGGAGUUGUUCAGUUUCUGUUUAUGUGGCAGUUGGUCGAGACAAAAUUCGAGGACGAAUUUAUUUUAAGUGGGGGAGAGUUGUAACGAUCCACUCCCGGAGUAUUUUUAAAUUUGAAGGAAAUAAAUCGUGAGAGGUUUGAUUCAUCAAGGAGUCAAUUUUUCUAAGUGUGGAAACACUUAUAUCCAUGAAAGUUGGAAGAAUAAGUUGUACUUUGACAAGUUUCAGAUCAUUAGUGAGCUUAUGGAACGAAAUUGAAAUGGGCUGAGUGACUAUAGAACGAUCAUGAAAUGAUCGGAGCGUACGUAAGGAAAGGUCGAGACUGCAUGGCUAAUUAAUGAAUGUUCGACUACUGGACAAUGCGAGUUCCAACUAAGGAAAGUUUGACUGGCCAUCUCUGGGAGAAUUUUACGGAAGAAAGAUCGGGAUAUCGAGAUUCAUAUAAGGAAAGAAGCGCAUAGAUUCUUCGUGUAUUGAUAGCAAAGUUUGACCAAGCCAAAUAAGGAAAACAACAAUAAAUUUCCGGCUUGGUUAGCAAGUCCAAGAGCAAUAUAAAAAGGGACCUCCAACUCUCAUUCUUGACACAACUCAAAAAGCAAGUCUUAGGGAGUCUAGAGAAAGAACACAGUCUUAAAGAGAGAGUUUGUGCGGUGAGGAUCGAUCAAGGAGGAUCGCAGGAUUCUUCGCUGGAAAACAUACCUAGGUUCAAAGUCUUCGAUCUUUUAAGAUCAAUCCAGGUGAGGACGUGAUUCAUGGCAGUCCAAUAAGAAUUAAUUUGUCUAGUUUGAUUCAGUAAGAACGUGUGUCUAUGCUUGGAUAGAAUUCGUUUAUGGAAAGUUUUUUCAUCGUGUUCAUAGGAAAAUGUUUGAUAUAAUUCGUUUAAUGAAAGUUCGUUCUUCGUUUUCUUAAGAAAUGUAUGAUAGGAAUUGAUUAAGGAAAGUUUAUUCAUCGUGUUCUUGAGAAAUGCAUGCGAUGGAUUAUCGAGUUAUGUUAGGAUGUUUAUGUGAGAAAUGAACGUUUGAUCUUGAAAACCUAGGUCAGGAAAUUAUAAUGCGUUUAAGGAAAGAAUAAUUGAAAUAUAAUAUAAGGAAAAGGUUAAGGAAAAAGGUUAAGGGAAUGUAAUGGACCGACGGGUCACAGGUUGGCUACGGCCGCAUGCUUGGCUACGGCCGCAGGUUAGGCUUCGGCCGCGGGUUUGGCUUCGGCCGCAGGAUUAUGGACCUUCGGGUCGAAAGGUUAAGAAAUGUUAAAGUAAUGGAACUAGUUAAGUAAAGGAAUGGUAGAACCGGAUGCUAGGGUUUUAGUAUUGAUUGAGUGUUUGAUUAUUGGGCUGUAGUGGGCGGUAUUGAGCGUCCUCACUGAGUAUUUUUGUAUGCUCAUGCCUCCUUUUGCGAUGCAGGUAAGGUUGAUUAUGUAGACAGGAGCGCGAGGCUAUAAAGACCAUCGGCAAGGGUGUUUUAAAUGUGGGUAAUGUUGAGAAGUUUUGUAAAAGAUAUUUUAUUGUAAACUACAUAAUUUUUAAUACAUAGUAUCGGGUUUCAUUUAUAAAGUUGUAGUAUUUCUCAUGUUCAUCCGAUAAAAUUUGACUCGAUCUUUUACUUAGAAAUUUUCACGUGUUUUCAAAUAUUCACGGGUUGGGGUGUUUCACCUUUGCCACUCAAAAUUACCUUAAGAGAAGCUAGAAGGGUCACAUGUUCUUAGGAGAAGCUGUGGGAUGUUAAAAUAAAGAUCUUGAUACUGGUCUGCAAGUCAUUUAUCUGUAACAAUGGCACUAAAAAUCUGAGACACUGCCGAAGAAUGUAGUGUUCUUCUUCCUCAAACAGAGAACUAGAAAGAACAAGCCAUUAACCUAACAUAUCCAAUUCCACAAUAAGCAAUGUGUAAUCUGUACCUCAAGUUUGGCUCCAUCUGAAAAUAUUUAGUCAUCUCUACAAUGUGAUCACUCACACAGAGAAGCCAUUCCAAUUCUAUUUCUUCUCUGUAGGCAGAGGUUCUAACCUCCAUAGUUGCCCGUAUAAGGUAGAUUUUUCAAGUAAACGCAAGCUUGUGGAGAUAUGUUGUAAGAACUAAAUCCAAAUAUCAAUUCAAAUGGUGACUGCAGUUUUGCACUACUUGUAACUGCAGAGGCACUAAUAUGGCUGCAGUUUUACAUAGUAGCUUCGAAGUUCUAUGAGUCUUGUUUUGUGGCUGCUGUGGGUUACUUAAAACAUGUUCUCAUUUCAACAAUCACCUAAAGAACUCUGAAAUUUUUAGAAAACAUCUUACCAAAUCACCUACAGAUUUGAUUUUAGUUUUAAAACUUUAAAUGAAAUCAUUCAAAUAACUUUAAAACUCACCUAAAUCCUACCAAAAUUAAAACACUCUAAAACUCUUUAAAAUCAUCAGUCCAAUACACCCCUGCUAGUGUUUAGGUCUUUCUUUAUUAGUAUUAUUUUAUUUGUCAAAGUGUGCAAAGGUCAUAUUAAAACAUUCGAGUAUGAAUGAUUGAUUGUAUCAAUAUAAGAUUGACGUGUUUCAUUAGGUAAUAGCACCUAAACAUAUAUAUAUAUAUAUAUAUAUAAUUCUCUAAAAUAUUAGGACGAGUGGACUGUCAUUUUAUAUUCCGACACAUCAUACAUGUGGUGUAAUGGAAAAAAUAAUAAGCAUAUGAAACCAUUUUAAUUGAUCUUUUCCCCAUUCUUUAUUCAUAAAAUUACCUUAUCUAAGUUGUAUCCCUUCUAUUUAAAACAAGUUGAUGCACAGAGAAAACAAAAUAAAGAUUCAUAUCUCCACCAAGUGGAAGAACAUUCUUUUUCUUUUCUGUAAAGCAACUCAACUUUUGUAUCUUAUUUCACGAAAUAGACUUUUGUUUCUCCAUCAUCAAGUAAGAUAAUGAAGAAAUUCAAUCCAAGAAAGAGAAAGGUUGCGAGGAAACAAUCUCCAAAUCUUUUGAUAUACAUCUUACCAACACUUUUGUUCUGGGUACUCUUUGUCCCUCGCAUCAAUCAAACCGUAACCUAUCUCUUUCCUUCCUACCAAGAAACCCUAAACAUCACUCUAAAGACUAAACAUGAAGAAAUAGAUACUUGCGCCGGAAGGUACGUCUAUAUCCACAAUCUCCCCAGUAGAUUCAAUGAGGAUUUGAUCGAAAGUUGUGAAUCAUAUGCCGAGUUACGCAAUAAGUGUAAGUACCUGGUUAACUCUGGUUUCGGUCCACCGAUCUUAGAGGAUGAACAUAACCACACAGUUCGUGUAUUAACCACCGAGACCGAUUCUUGGUACUCGACCAAUCAGUUCAUGCUUGAAGUUAUCUUCAGAGAGAAGAUGAGACACUACGAGUGUUUGACUAACGACUCAUCCCUCUCUUCUGCAGUCUUCGUCCCGUUCUACGCUGGCUUCGACGGGAGACGCUUUUGGGGAUACAACGUGAAGCUCAGAGACGAACUCGGUGAAGAUCUAGCUCAAUGGCUUAGGGAGAGACCUGAGUGGACGAAAAUGCACGGACGAGAUCACUUCUUUGUCACAGGAAGGGUUGGUCGGGAUUUUAGAAGGGUGUCUGAUCAAGAUUCAGACUGGGGAAACAAGCUCAUGAGGUUGCCUGAGUUUGAGAACAUGACGAUGUUAUCUAUCGAGACAAACUCUUGUAGCAACGAGUUUGCGGUUCCUUAUCCAACGUACUUCCAUCCAAAGACCAAAACCGAGGUUAGGACAUGGCAGAGGCAAGUGAGAACGGUUCAGAGACGAUACUUAUUCUCGUUCGUCGGAGCUCCAAGGCCGGAGAUGGAGGAAUCUAUAAGAGGAGAGGUUAUAAAACAGUGCCUUGCGUCACAAGAAAGAUGCAAGUUUCUUAACUGUGACACACCAAGUAAAGAUUGUGGUAACCCGGUUAAGGCGAUGGAAGUGUUUCAAGAUUCGGUUUUCUGUUUACAACCACCAGGAGAUACAACUACAAGGAGAUCAACGUUUGAUUCGGUUUUAGCCGGUUGUAUACCGGUUUUCUUUAGACUCAAUUCUGCUCAGUACAAGUGGCAUUUCCCGGUUGAUCAUACCAAGUAUUCGGUUUACAUUUCGGAAGAUGAUGUGAGAGACGGUAAGGUUAGUAUUGAGAAGAUAUUGAGUAUGAUUAAUGAAGAAGAUGUUUUGAGUAUGAGGAAUGAGGUUGAGAAGAUUAUACCGAAGAUUAUCUAUGCCAAACCGGGGGCUGUUGGACCGGAGAAGAAUGAAGAUGCGUUUGAAAUUGCGGUGAGUAGGGUUCUUGAGAGAGUGUCUUCAUUAUUCAAGAAUCAAGAUAAUGACCAAAAUCUAGGAAUGACAUAAAUGGUUCAUAAUAUAUAUUUUUUAAAUGCUUUUUGCUACUAAAAUAAAAAUCUUCAUUCAAGGGCUCACGGCUGAGUUCCGCCACCUGGGUUCGAAACCCGGCCACUGGGGAAUUUACAUGCGGAUCUCCAGCGCCCGAGACCGAAAAUCGUUCACGGUGAGCCACAUGGUGAUGCCCUGGCAGCAUCCUUGCUUGUUUCGGUCUCUAGUCUGGACCACCACGGUGGGGCCAGGACACUCAGUUAUUAAAAAAAAAGAAUAAUAUAAUUUCCUUACAUAAAUGGUUCACAAGAGUGAUAAAAUCUCUCUUUCUUCUUUUUCAAAAUUUUCUUAUUUAUUACAUAUAAUAAUAAUUUUAUUGUUAUUUGUUUUUUUCAUGGU